UAUAAAAAUACAAAUAGAGAAAUGGAGAGACUGCGCGCCAGCCAGGAGCAAUUUUCUGCUCUUAUAGAAUUCAUGGAAAGGUAUGGUGACCUCUCUCGACCACAGCGGGGACCUCAGGGUCGACUAAAAGCCGACCAAAUGUGGGCAAGGCUCACAUUAUUACUUAAUUCAGUUGGUGGUGGGGUUCACAAAUCACAAGAGAAGUGGAAGAAAGCGCCACCAGUACCAAGGGAAGAACCCAUUCCUGAAGAUGUGGAAAUUGAAAUUCCUGUAGGCUUAGAGAAUUUUAAUUAUAAUACAAGUGUUCCAACAUUGCCAGCAUCACCGCUACUGCUAGACCCACAGCCCUCACCACCACCACCACCAGUACGUCCGCCGCCCCCUCUACCGCGUUCUCCUCCGCGUCCCACUGGUCGACGGUCAUCGGCGUCACCGCGAUCUGCGACUGCCUCGCCGCGACAUGGGAUGCAGAGAGCUCGCAGGAAUCGCGGCUUAACGCCAUUUGACCGGGCCGCUACAGAAUUUGUGGCGGUUGAACAACGACGCCUUGCACUGGAGGAGACGCGAGAGAAGCUUUCCCAUGAGCGAGAAAGGGAAAGGGAAAAGCUUCUCCAUGAACGUGAGAGGGAGCGUGAGGAACUUUUCCACCAAAGAGAAAUGGAGCGACUGCGGCUGGAGUCGCUAAAGGUUGAGGCAAAUCGCGAGCAAACUAGGGUGAUGCAGCAAAUAGCUGUUAUCGGGCAAAGGUUGCUCGAGAUAUUGCCUCAAGGGCCCGCAUCUUAAUUUUUUUUUUCAUAGGGUUUUAAGUGUAUUAUUUAGUGCCUUUCUUUUUAUUUUUUUUAAGUGCUUGUUUUAGAUUUUAAUAUUUUAAUUUAAUAGUUUAAGUACAGUAUUUUCUG